UAGGACCAGAGUUUAAAAUGGUCCAGUUCGACCCAGAUUCUUACCUCAUAAAGUGACGUACAAUUUUGUCCUAAAGACCUAAAAUUGUUGUUUUGAUCUUUCCUUCAUUGUUCAGGUUUUCAUUCUGCUGGCCUGUUCAGAGGAGUAGGAGUGUGCUUUGGACUGCUUUCUGAACUCUGGAGAGUUUGUUGAGUGGAGUUCGAAAGAUCAACUACCAAUUUGUGUGGGUCUCACCAUGGCACCUGCUAUUGGUGGUCCUGUUGGAUACACUCCUCCUGAGGGAGGCUGGGGUUGGGCUGUGGUGGCUGGUGCUUUCAUCUCCAUUGGUUUUUCCUAUGCCUUUCCAAAGUCUAUCACUGUGUUCUUCAAAGACAUCGAAACGAUCUUCAAUGCCACCAGUAGCCAGGUCUCCUGGAUCUCAUCCAUCAUGCUAGCUGUCAUGUAUGGAGGAGGUCCAAUCAGCAGUAUCCUGGUGAAUAAGUAUGGCAGCCGUCCCAUAAUGAUAGUAGGGGGCUGCCUUUCAGGAGCUGGACUCAUUGCUGCCUCCUUCUGCAACACAGUGCAGGGCUUGUAUUUCUGUGUAGGUGUAGUAGGAGGUCUUGGCCUCGCAUUCAAUCUUAACCCAGCACUUACUAUGAUUGGCAAAUACUUCUACAAGAGGAGGCCAAUUGCUAAUGGAAUUGCAAUGGCUGGCAGUCCAGUGUUUCUGUCCACCUUAGCACCACUGAACAGCUGGUUUUAUGACCAGUUUGGCUGGAGAGGCAGCUUCCUUAUCCUCGGGGGGCUUCUGUUCAACUGUUGUGUAGCUGGAUCUCUCAUGAGGCCCAUUGGGCCCAAGCCCCAGCCUGCUGUAAAGGGGUCUGACAAGAAGACUGAAGGGGCUGAAAAGAAGACAGUGCUGGAGAUGGUCAAUAGUUUCAUUGAUCUGUCCCUCUUUAAACACCGUGGCUUCCUUCUCUACCUCCUGGGCAACAUCAUCAUGUUCUUUGGCCUUUUCUCUCCCCUUGUGUUCCUCAGCAAUUAUGCCAAAAGCACACAUAUUCCCAAGGAAAAAGCAGCUUUUUUGCUCUCAGUGUUGGCUUUUGUGGACAUGGUUGCACGGCCCUCCAUGGGAACAGUGGCCAACACCAAAUGGGUGCGGCCCAGGGUGCAGUAUUUCUUUGCAGCUUCUGUUCUGUUUAAUGGUGUGUGCCACCUGCUUGCACCUCUGUCAGAGGACUAUUUAGGCUUUGUCAUCUAUGCAGUUUUCUUUGGCUUUGCAUUUGGUUGGUUGAGUUCUGUGUUGUUUGAGACCCUGAUGGAUCUGGUGGGAACAGAACGCUUCUCCAGUGCUGUGGGGCUGGUGACCAUUGUGGAGUGUGGGCCAGUGUUACUCGGUCCUCCUUUACUGGGAAGAUUUAAUGACAUCUACCAUGACUACAAAUACACUUACAUAGGCUGUGGAAUAAUCCUGUUGGUCGGAAGCUUGUUCCUCUUUGUUGGCAUGGGCAUCAACUACAGGCUGGUGGAUAAAGAAGCAAAGGACGAAGCUAAAAGAGCCCAGCUGAAAGGAAAGGAAGAUGAAUCCACAAUAGAUAUUGCAGACAAGGAGACUGGCAAUGAGGCAGCAAAGCGAGUGACGGAUAAUUCCAAAACUGCGGAAGAUGCUGUGUGAAGUCAUUUAAUCUAUCAAUGAUUCAAUUGUUUUGUGGCAUUCAUUCUGCAAAAUGUUACUGUAUUACCAUUGUACUGUGCUGCAGAUUGAAUGCAUCAGUUUCACUCAGGUGCUGUUGUGGUCAAAUCAAAAUGGAUUGGGCCAUUACUGUAUACAGUGUUUUCAUAGGUAUUAGUAUUAAUGUUUGUGUAUAUAGUCCAUUUUCAAUUUAAAGAACUGCAUUUUUUUUUUUUUUCAAAUAAUUUCUAAUUACAAGGCAUUGGCAUUUUAAAUCUAAACAUGAGUUUGCUAGUAAACACCUUAAUUUAGUUUUUUUUGUUUAUUUUUUUUAUUUACAAUGUCAUUAUUAUCUAUUUUUACACUGCAUGUUAUUAUAUGAAAGGGUAACAAAUCUUAUAUUAUUAUGUAAAAUUGGAACAAAGAUUAUAUUCAUAAUGGGUAUUAGCAAUAAAACUCAACUGAAUGAACCAACAGUCAGAAAGUGUGAUUUGCAGGCCUCUGGGAGUUCUAUGAGGUAAAUGAUCUAUUAGGAUUACUAUUAUAGACCAUCAGUGUGUGGUCAACGUGUUUUAGUUUUGUUUUAAGAAGAGGCCACUUGGGAAACACGUCUGCUGUGAUUAUAAUGUUGUGGCUGGGGGCAUUGAAUAGGUCUAAGGUGUGGACUUUUUGUGGUAAUAGGUGGAAAUUAAAUACCUCUAAAACCCUACAACUAUGUUAUUGAACAUAAAUACAUAUUUGGCUAAAUGACCAAAUAGCUCCUUUCAUUUCAGUUCAUAUGUAUGACAAGUAAAACAAAUAAAAAGGUAUUUUUUUUACUUUUAAUGUACUUUUAAAUAUGUUUAUGUUUAUAUAAAUGUUUAUUUCAUUUUAAUGCCAAUGAAAAAAGACUUUACAAAAAUAAAUAUAUAAAUGAAAAAUAAAGUCAUAAAUGGCAUAAAUGUCCAUUAGACACCAGUCCUCUUGGUUUGUUUAUACACAAUGGGUGUAUGAUUAAUUUAAAUAUUUAAAUGUUAUUUGAACUUUUUGUAAUAUUAUUUGGGACAACCUGAUUUUGUGACAGCUUAUAUAGGUGUCUGAGAAGGUAUGUUGACUAUAUAUUAUAGACCAUGUACCACCCAUGAUCAAAAUGAAACUUCAGUACCACCUACAAGACUUCACAAGAACACACACACAGAGACGCUGGCCUCCACAGAUCACACAUAUAAAAAAUAUACAACUAUUAUUGAUGCAAAUAUUGUAAAAUAUUUUUGGAGUCCCACAGGAUUUCUGUGCAAACUAUGAAACCGAUAUUAAUCUUUUAAGUUCUGUAGUCAUAAGAGUGAGGAACUGCCAUGCAGGCUUACAUUCUGAGGUAGUGUAUAUAAGAGUUAAGCCCCAAAAACAGACAAAUGUAAUGUUAUGAAAAUUACAAGAAAAAUUUUUAAGAAGUUAUAUAAUUCUUAAUAUUUUGAGGUCAUCUGUUUUGCCACAAGAAAAUGUAUUUUUUGGGCCAAAAUAAAACAGAUCUCAACAUUGUUCCACUAGUUUCUGAAAUCUUUCUCCUAAACCCCCUUAUUAGAACAAAGGAGAACACCAGAUCAACAUCAACACUUAACUGUAGGGGGGUUUGGCUACAACUAAAGUACUAAAGUAAAUCUAGCAUUAAAUAAUGAAUAUUUAUUGUUGGGUUUUUUUAUGUUUUAUAUAUAUUUUUUUUAUUUCUAUGUAUUUUAAUAUACAUUGUCCAAUCUGGCUUCCUUUAAAAAAAAGUUUGGAAACUCCUGUCCUCAAGAUUAUAUGUGCAGAUCUAAUAGCAUUUCUUUUCUUAUGUUCUUUAUUGUUUUGUUAUAAUUGAAUGGUAAUUGUUUGUACUAUAAUAUUUGUUAUAAUUACAUGAAUAAUGUUUGUUAUAGUUGAUAAAU